CAUCCGCGGUGAGCUGCUUGUCGAUGGUUAUCGGCUACUGAGGUCUGUCAGAAAACAUACUCGCGAUGUGUAUGACUUGAAAUUGUCGAGGAAUUACACGGAGAGUGAGGCUUCUUUAAUUCCUAUGACUAAACCAUUUCUAGACUAUUUGUAGAUAUAUUAUCAUCAUGAUGGGUUUAAACCCCGGAUGAAUGAUGCUGGAAGUUGCAUUGAAUAAUGGGCGAUAUGAAAAAUGCAGAUUCUUGAUAUAUAAUUAGGAAUUGUUUUAACUCAUUGACGUUUAGGAUGGCGUCUCCGGGCCCAGGAAGAAACAAUGAGAAUUUCAGUUCUCCCAGUGGAAACACUCACCAGGGGCCACACAUUUACUCCAAGCCUCAGCCAGGAGGGGGGAUUACUAUCAGGACCGAUUCUACCAACAGCAAACCGCUUAGCUCAGCGUGGGCUGCCGCGCUCGGGGCUGCAACUGCCAACGUCGGAAACACCAGCACAAUGACUCGAAAACGAGCACCACCAAGAAAACAACAAAACCAAAAUGUGAGGCCACCUAGGGCCUUGUUUUGUUUAACGUUGAAAAACCCUAUACGAAAAUUGUGUAUCAGGAUUGUGGAAUGGAGAGCGUUUGAGUAUCUUAUUCUCCUGACCAUUUUUGCUAACUGUGUAGCGCUAGCAGUGUUCCAUCCUUACCCAAACCAGGAUUCCAAUGAGGUUAAUGCAGCACUGGAAAGAGUGGAAUAUUUUUUUUUAGUUAUAUUCACCUUAGAAGCAAUCAUGAAAAUUAUAGCGUACGGAUUCGUGCUACAUUCAGGUGCCUACCUCCGUAACGGAUGGAACAUCCUAGAUUUUAUAAUUGUAGUUAUUGGUAUUAUAACACCAGUGCUAUCUUUGUUAAAUGUAUAUGGAUUUGAUGUUAAGGCGUUGCGAGCCUUCAGGGUGUUACGGCCCUUACGAUUGGUCUCGCGGGCCCCUAGUCUUCAGGUGGUGCUUAACGCAAUUGUGCGUGCCAUGGUGCCUUUACUUCAUAUAGCUUUGCUUGUGAUCUUUGUCAUAUUUAUAUAUGCCAUCGUUGGAUUAGAACUUUUCUCAGGAUCCAUGCAUGAAACAUGUUUUGAUAAAGAAACAAAUUCCGUCAUGACUCUUUCUAAUGUCCAUCCCUGUGGGAAAGGCUUUUCUUGUCCUAAUGACUCAGUGUGUCAGAAAUAUUGGGCUGGCCCAAACGAUGGAAUCACAAACUUUGAUAACUUUGGUUUAGCGAUGUUAACAGUAUUCCAAUGUAUCACAUUAGAAGGAUGGACAGAUGUCUUAUAUAAUAUUAAUGAUUCACUAGGAAAUAGCUGGCCUUGGAUAUACUUCAUAAGUUUAAUCAUUAUUGGAUCAUUUUUUGUACUCAACUUAGUUUUAGGUGUACUUAGUGGUGAAUUUUCUAAAGAGAGAGAGAAAGCCAAAGCUCGGGGUGAUUUUCAGAAGCUGCGAGAGAAGAAGCAACUGGAAGAAGAUCUUCGGGGAUAUCUUGACUGGAUUACUCAGGCAGAAGAUAUAGACCCGGAAAAUGAGGAAGAAAAUGAAGAAGGUGCUACUCCCCGCCACAAAAACCAGGAGACGACAUCAGUGAAGACAGAGGAUGUAGAGAGUGGGGAGAUUCAACAGACGUGGUGGCACAGAAAAAGUCGGAGGUUACGAAAAUGGAACAGGAGAUGUCGGCGGAUGUGUAGAAAAUUAGUCAAAUCCCAAGCUUUUUAUUGGACUGUUAUUGUGAUGGUGUUCCUGAAUACAUGUGUUUUAACUUCUGAACAUCACGGACAGCCCCAUUGGUUGGAUAGCUUUCAAGCAAUUGCCAAUUUGUUCUUUGUGAUCCUGUUCACCCUGGAGAUGUUGUUGAAGAUGUACAGUCUGGGACUACAAGGCUACUUUGUCUCGUUAUUUAACCGUUUUGACAGUUUUGUUGUCCUGUUUAGCAUCAUAGAAGUCAUUCUCAUUUACACCAAUGUCUUUCCACCCCUAGGAGUCAGUGUGCUCAGAUGUGCUCGAUUGCUUCGUGUUUUUAAAGCUACAAGAUACUGGUCCUCCCUUCGUAACCUGGUGGCCUCCCUGUUAAACAGUAUGCGCUCCAUUGCCAGCUUGUUACUUCUCUUAUUCCUCUUCAUUGUAAUCUGUGCCUUACUCGGUAUGCAGUUGUUUGGAGGCAAGUUCAACAUCAUCAGUAAGAUAGAGGACAAACCCCGCAGUAACUUUGACACGUUCUGGCAGUCUCUCCUGACAGUGUUCCAGAUUUUGACUGGUGAGGACUGGAAUAUGGUGAUGUACAAUGGCAUUAACUCGUACGGCGGUGUCAACUCUCUAGGCUUAAUUACCUGUCUGUACUUUGUCAUCCUCUUCAUCUGUGGUAACUAUAUCCUACUGAACGUCUUCUUGGCUAUCGCUGUGGACAACUUGGCCGAUGCCCAGAGUCUGACGGAGGAAGAGGGUGAAAAGGAGGAUGAAAAGGAGAGGAUACGAUCACUACGGCGAUCCAAAACACCAGAGGGGGAGGAAAAGUCCAAAGAAGCAGAGCUGGAACCAGAUGAAGGAGUUGGAAUGAAUGAAAAUGGUGGAGAGGAAGAGAAUGCUUACCAUUCUAGACAACCAAGUCAGAGGUCACACAGGUCAAGGCAAGAUGUUGGUCCAGAGACAGAUGAACACCGAGUAAGAAUCAACCUAGGACACACAGAGGAUGAAUACAGAGAUUCAAACCAUGUACCUAUUGAGGAAGAAGACGAUCCGUGUGCCAGUGACACCAGCUCGUUUGAUCUCCUAGAGGGGGAGGCUGCUGCUGAGGAUGAAGCAGAUGAGGAGGACAUGGAGGAGCUUGAGGAUGAGGAGGAGGAGUCUCAGGCACCCUCAACAGCCCGACCACGACGAAUGUCAGAACUCCACAUUCCCGAGAAAAUCAAACCUAUUCCUAAGGCUACUUCACUCUUCAUUUUAAAACCCACCAACAAGUUCCGUAAGAUCUGCCACAGGAUCUGUAACCACCCCUACUUUGGUAACAUUGUAUUGGCGUGUAUUCUGAUCAGUAGUGGGAUGUUAGCUGCAGAGGACCCUCUACAGUCAGAGUCCAAGAGAAAUGAAAUCCUGAACUACUUUGACAUAUUUUUUACUUCUGUUUUCACAGUUGAGAUUAUAAUCAAGAUCAUCACUUAUGGACUUAUUUUGCACAGAGGUUCAUUUUGCCGAAGUUUCUUCAAUAUCUUGGACUUCAUUGUUGUUGGAGUAUCCAUCAUAUCAUUUGUUCUAAACAAUCAAGCCAUAUCUGUAGUAAAAAUUCUCAGGGUCCUGAGAGUGUUAAGACCAUUGAGAGCCAUCAACAGAGCUAAAGGACUCAAGCACGUGGUACAGUGUGUGAUUGUGGCCGUACGCACCAUCUACAACAUUAUGCUGGUUACCUUCCUUCUACAGUUUAUGUUUGCUGUCAUCGGAGUUCAACUUUUUAAGGGUCGGUUUUACAGUUGUUCAGACAGAUCCAAACUGACAGAGAGGGAAUGCAGGGGUCGUUACAUUGACUACCCAACGGGAGAAAUUGAUAAUCCAGAGGUGAAGGAACGGGAGUGGACAAACAACGACCUUAAUUAUGACAACGUUCCCAAGGCCAUGUUGACACUGUUUACUGUCUCCACUUUUGAGGGAUGGCCAGGGUUGCUGUAUCAGUCGAUUGAUGCCAACGAUGAGAAUCAUGGACCUAUUUAUAACUACCAACCCUUUGUGGCUGUCUUCUAUUUUAUCUUCAUCAUUGUCAUCGCUUUCUUCAUGAUGAACAUCUUCGUGGGUUUUGUGAUCGUCACAUUUCAGAAUGAAGGAGAACAGGAGUAUAAGAACUGUGAGCUGGACAAAAAUCAAAGAAAAUGUAUCGAGUUUGCUCUAAAAACUCGUCCUACCCGGCGCUACAUUCCUAAAGCUCGCUGGCAGUACAAGAUCUGGUGGUUUGUCACAAGUCGAGCUUUUGAGUAUGGCAUUUUUACCUUGAUUAUUCUCAACACAGUUAUUCUGGCCAUGAAGUAUGAUGGACAGUCAGGAGCUUACUCAGAUGCCCUGGAUUACUUGAACAUGAUCUUCACAGGAGUCUUCACCAUUGAAUUUAUUCUGAAACUGAUGGCAUUUAGAUUUAGGAACUAUUUUGGAGACCCCUGGAAUGUCUUUGAUUUCAUCAUUGUACUGGGCAGCUUUAUAGAUAUUAUCUACACGGAGGUCAAUCGAGAAAAGGGAGAUUUAAAGCCCGGACAAGGUAUCAUCAGCAUUAACUUUUUCCGUCUGUUCCGAGUGAUGAGAUUGGUCAAACUUCUGAGUCGAGGGGAGGGAAUCCGAACUCUUCUUUGGACAUUUAUUAAGUCCUUUCAAGCACUGCCAUAUGUUGCACUGCUUAUCGUCAUGUUGUUCUUCAUCUACGCAGUUAUUGGAAUGCAGUUAUUUGGUAAAAUCUCUACUGAUCUGGAGGACUCUCAAAUCCACAGGAACAACAAUUUCCAGACUUUUCCUCAAGCAGUAUUAGUUUUGUUCAGGUCAGCUACUGGAGAGGCCUGGCAGGACAUUAUGUUAUCUUGUGUCGCAGGUCAGCCCUGUGAUGCUCUGUCUGAUGCCAAGCCUGACGAAACUUGUGGAAAUGAAGUGGCAUACUUCUACUUCAUCUCUUUCUACAUGUUGUGUUCAUUCUUGAUUAUUAACUUGUUUGUGGCAGUCAUUAUGGAUAACUUUGACUAUCUCACUCGUGAUUGGUCAAUUCUGGGCCCGCAUCACCUGGACGAGUUUGUCAGACUGUGGUCAGAAUACGAUCCUGAGGCAAAAGGAAGAAUAAAGCACUUGGAUGUAGUUCAGUUGCUCAGAAAAAUAUCACCCCCUUUGGGAUUUGGAAAGCUUUGUCCUCAUAGAGUUGCCUGUAAGCGUCUAGUCAGCAUGAACAUGCCUCUGAACAGUGACGGAACUGUGAUGUUUAAUGCCACACUCUUUGCCUUGGUGCGAACUUCUCUAAAGAUCAAGACAGAAGGAAACAUAGACGAGGCUAACGAGGACCUACGCAGAGUCAUCAAAACAAUCUGGAAACGCACGAGUCCUAAACUUCUAGACCAAGUAGUCCCCCCUGCUGGUAGAGAAGAUGAUGUGACUGUGGGAAAAUUCUAUGCAACCUUUUUGAUUCAAGAUUACUUCAGGCGAUUCAAAAAGCGAAAGGAGCAGAUGAAAAAGAUAGAGAAGGGACAGGAGCACACAAAUGCUCUACAAGCUGGGUUACGAGCUGUACAUGAUCUGGGACCAGAAAUUCGCCGUGCAAUAUCAGGCAACUUAGAUGAGGAGGACUUUGCUGAAAAAGAUGUAGAAGAACCUAUGCACAGGCGGAACCACAAACUGUUUGGAUUUGGCAGCGUAAUGACGGCCCUAGCAGGAGUCCAUAAAACUGCCAUCCCUUUUGCCAGUCGGACACAGUCACUUCUGAUCAAUCAAACGCCCAAAAUCUCCUCCCAUACCAACCUCUCACCACAAAACUCACUCAAUGGAAAAGUUACCCCAGCAGAUAGCUGUAACCAUCUGAGUGUGGAACAGCGCAAUGCCAUCAACCGAACUCCCUCCCCCCUAGCUCCUGUUCGUGUCUCACCAAUGAUGAGCAACGAUUCUCGUCGUCAAAGCCAUACCAGUGGAAUUUCUUCCUCUGAAUCCCACCGUGACUUAGUGCCCCCCAGGAGCCCCAUCAGUCAUGACGCUGUCCCUCCAAGGAGCCCCAUCAGCCAGGAUGGCUCAGAAUCUGAGGUCCCUCAGUGGGACAAAUACAAGCCUCAGGACGUUACAAAGAAACAGGGCAUCUAUGUCUAUAGAGAUCUGCCACAAGAGGACAGUGAUUAUGAACGAGAGGAUAAUGCCCCUCCCACCCCUCCCCCAAGGAAAUUAAGUCGUCGUGGGGCAUCACUACGUUUGGCCUGCAUAGGGAAACAACAAAGUGAUGAAAAUCCUCUGAUGAAGAAGAUUGCAGAACCAUUAAAGCUUGCUCAAACUCAGGCCAUGGCAGUGGCGGGAUUGACCAGUGACGGUCGACAGCGACCAAACGAUUAUUCUAAAUUAGGGCUUCCAGAAAACAGAGCUUCCUUCCAAAACCAAGCACAUUCCACAUUCUCACGUUCAAACUCCCUCAUUGAAGGACGCAACAUGUCACCAAGGCAGAAUCUUCAUAGAGGCUCUGACACCAUGGCCAUUCAAGACUCAUCGGGCAUGUACUCCCGGACUAAAGAGGCGGGGCCUCUCAUCAUACCUAAUUAUGUGAUGGCCAAUCAGAAAUAUCGACAUGGCAGUCACAAUAAAUCCAGUGCUGAAAGCUUGGUAGAAAAGGUGCUGACAGAGGAGGGCUUAGAUCGCUAUGUAGAUGCUCACACUUUACAACAAGAAAUAGCGGAGGCUAAUGAUAUGACAGCCGAUGAUAUGAACAUGGCAGCAAGAAUGUUACUUCACCCACCAGAUGAAAACCACACCAGCACACUCCACCCUGGCCAGCGAAGCCCCUACUAUGAACACCUUGGGGGAUUUCUGGUCCAGGAGAUGAAAGAUUACAACUGUUACUCCACCAAUGAUGAUUUGAAUCAUAAAGACUACAGCCCCAGCUCAGAGGACACUAGUGACGAUGAAAUGAAGAUGAGUGAACACAAGAAACAGGCUUAAGGUUCCACUGGAGGAUGUGGCAUUCAAAUUCAGCCAACCAUAACCGUGUGUGACAGACAGAAUGAAUUAAUCGUUCUCGGUGCAAUAAAACUUAGUUCAAACCAGCUGGUUCUGGUUUGCAGUGUUGCUUGAUGCAACCUUUGUUUCUUUCAUAUAUUGAAUAUAUGUAAAUAUAUAUAUAUGUACAUGUAUGUAAAAUGUACAUUGAACUUGAUUGCGAUUGAUUUAGUUUUGUGAAUAAUUGAAAAUUUUGAAUAUCUGCAUGCAGAUCUGUGUAUAACUUUCUGAAGGAAUUAAUAAUCAAAGUUUGUGCAAUAAGAAAUCAAUUAUUUGAAAUUCCUAUGAAUACAUUGUAUAGACAUGUAGAUAAUGAUAUUAGAUAGGAACAGAUAGCUUAAAACCGACAAGAAAUUUUAUAUGUUUUAAAAUGUUAUAGUACUACCAGGAAUUCAUGAAUUCAAGAUCUGAUCAAAAUUGUGCCAUUUGUGUGUAUACGUGAGACCUUUCAGCAGAAAGCAUUGAGUUUGAGAUGAUACCUGUACUUUAUAACUCCUUCCCUGAGAAUGCUGACUUGUGCAUGCAUUGAUUUAUGUAUUGACUGAUAGACUGUAAAGCAUGGACAAUGGGACUAUGUGUUAUGUCUUCACAACUCGCUGUUAUGUUUUUAGUUAUGGUAAAAUAAUGUAAAUAUCAUUUUUACACUUAAAUAUUUAUAUAUGGCAAAUAUAUAUAUAUAUAAAUAUGUAUAUGGGUAAAUAUUUUGACAUGCUUAUGAAGGAAUGUGAAAAUUGUUUGGUAACU